UGAACGGUCAAAAGAAGCCAUGAUAAAAGUGCAGGACGGGAAGCCUGCAGAGUAUUCUUUGGCUUCUUUGACUGACAGCGCCGAGAGAGGGGGAGAGAAGACCGGGUGUUGUAGGUUUAGAUCUAACGCUCAUCGGAGUCUUUUUGAAAAAAACUCUGAAGCAGCGAGGAUGGGGAUUUGAAUCUCGUGAUAUGGAUUUUUGUUGUUCAAGGCGUUGCGGAGGCCUGAUAUUGUAAUUGCAUAGGCUUCUGAUUGGAAGAAGGGCUUCGUGCAACCUAUUGAAGUUCGUUCCUUCUAAGUUUAGGUUUCAUUAAGGAUGGCUUCUGUUAGUGUGGCGCCAUUAUCAGGAAUGAAAAAUGCCAGUAGUAAUACUUUUGGCAUGGAUAGAUUGCCUGAUGAGAUAAAUGACUUGAAGAUAAGGGAUGACAAGGAUGUUGAAGCAACGGUUGUUGAUGGAAAUGGUACUGAAACUGGACAUAUAAUUGUGACUACUAUUGGCGGUAGGAAUGGUCAGCCAAAGCAGACUAUAAGCUAUAUGGCAGAGCGUAUAGUGGGAAAUGGAUCCUUUGGAAUAGUUUUUCAGGCAAAAUGCUUGGAGACUGGUGAAACAGUUGCAAUAAAGAAAGUUCUUCAGGACAAAAGGUAUAAGAAUCGUGAGCUGCAAACCAUGCGUCUUCUUGACCACCCAAAUGUUGUCUGUUUGAAGCACUGCUUCUUUUCAACGACUGAGAAGGAUGAACUAUAUCUUAACCUGGUGCUUGAGUAUGUACCGGAGACGGUUCAUCGAGUAAUCAAACACUAUAACAAAAUGAACCAAAGAAUGCCCCUAAUAUAUGUGAAGCUCUACACGUACCAGAUCUGUAGAGCAUUAGCUUAUAUCCAUGGCAGUAUAGGUGUCUGCCAUCGAGACAUCAAACCACAAAAUCUUCUGGUCAAUCCUCAUACACACCAACUAAAAUUAUGUGACUUUGGAAGUGCUAAAGUGUUGGUGAAAGGAGAGCCAAAUAUAUCAUACAUUUGUUCGAGAUACUACCGAGCUCCGGAGCUGAUUUUUGGUGCAACCGAGUACACCUCAGCAAUUGAUAUCUGGUCUGCUGGUUGUGUUCUGGCUGAGCUUCUACUAGGGCAGCCCCUUUUCCCUGGAGAGAGUGGAGUAGACCAACUAGUUGAAAUAAUUAAGAUCCUGGGCACCCCAACUAGAGAAGAAAUCAAAUGCAUGAACCCAAAUUAUACUGAAUUCAAGUUUCCUCAGAUCAAAGCUCAUCCGUGGCACAAGAUUUUCUACAAAAGAAUGCCGCCUGAAGCUGUAGAUCUUGUUUCUAGGCUUCUCCAAUAUUCUCCAAACCUUCGUUGCACAGCGUUGGAAGCAUUAAUCCACCCUUUCUUUGAUGAGCUUCGAGAUCCAAACACCCGCUUGCCAAAUGGAAGGUUCCUUCCACCUCUCUUCAUCAAGCCACAUGAGUUGAAAGGAGUUCCCGUGGAGAUGCUGCUGAAACUAAUUCCGGAACACGCCAGAAAGCAGUGUCCUUUUCUAGGCUUGUAAUGUAUUUUGCUGGAAACGCGUUUGAUAUUUCCGGAGGGGAACGAUAAAGUCUGCGGCAUUAGCUGGCCAUGUGAACUUCUUUUGAUUUUUUUGUUUGAUUUUCGGAGCUUUCCAUCGCCAUCGGUUCCUUUUAUUGUAAAAAGCAUAUUUAGAAGGUCUGCUGGCCUUUAAAAAUCUUAAAUUUCUUAUCUAACUCCUGCUUUCCUUCUCUAUCCGUUCUAUUACAAAAUUGUAACCUUGAUAGGGAAGAGAGGGAUUGUUUCUUUUAUUGAGUUUAUUGAUUGUUUGAAUCUUUUGUUA